UCGCCUGCUGCUGCAGCAGAAGCUCUUGACUGUGCCUUUCCACCAGCGCCGCUCUCACCACACCAUGGCCACCCUACAGCAGACUAAAGAACUUUUCAGGAGAGCGGAUGCCGUUUGUUUCGACGUGGACAGCACCGUCAUCAAAGAAGAGGGCAUCGAUGAACUCGCCAAGUUCUGUGGCGUUGGAGACGCGGUGACUGAAAUGACGCGCAAAGCCAUGGGAGGCUCUGUGACUUUUAAAGCGGCUCUGACCGAGCGCCUCUCCAUAAUUCGGUGCUCAAGAGAACAAGUGAACAAACUGAUCACUGACCAUCCACCUCAGCUGACACCAGGCAUCACUGAACUUGUGGAGCGUCUCCACCAACGAAACAUCCAGGUUUUCCUCAUAUCAGGAGGCUUCCGCUGCAUCGUUGAACACGUGGCCACUCAGCUCAACAUCCCUCUGCAUCAUGUUUACGCCAACAGGCUGAAGUUUCACUUCAAUGGAGAAUACGCGGGUUUUGACGAGAGCCAGCCGACAGCGGAGAGCGGCGGGAAAGGAAAGGUCAUCAGCAUGUUGAAGGAGCAGUACGGCUUUGAGACGGUGGUGAUGAUCGGAGAUGGGGCCACAGAUCUAGAGGCGUGUCCUCCUGCUAGCGCUUUUGUUGGAUUUGGUGGUAACGUGGUGAGGCAACAGGUGAAGGAGAAGUCUACGUGGUACGUCACCAGUUUUGCUGAGCUGCUGGAGGAGCUGGAGAAAAUCUAAACCAACACUGUUUUAUAUUUGCACCCGAGGGUGCGCCGCUGAUUUUAAAGAUAGAUUUUAUAUACUAAUGUUUACAUGACUGAGGCUCAUCCUCAAAGCAUCUUUUUUUUUUUAAUUUUUAAUAGAAUACACUAUAUUGAACUAACAAGCUUCAUCUCAGAGUAUUUAAGCUAACGUCCUUCCGGCAUGUUGAAGCAAUGAGCCAUGGUUUUAAAACUGUAAAGUUGAAUUUAAUUUGACUGUUCUGUUCAGAACAUUAAACACCAGAUGAA